GCAAGAGUCAGUUGCGCGGAAACGUCAUGGUUGGGGAAGCACCGACGAGAAUGUAAAACCGGAACCAUUCCAGCUCUUGACCGUUUCUUGUUUCGUAGACACGUUCAAUCAUCUUCAUCUUCACUUCUCAUACCAGUAUCUGGUGCAUUUCUGACAUCGUAUCCUCUCCAAAUCACCUACCAAUCUCGCCUCAUCACACCCACCACCCGCUACAGCAUCUUGCACAGGCACAUGGAGUCCCUCGGCGCAUGAGGCGCACGAUCAGCACAGAUGUCUCCCAAUCAGGAUGACCCCCAAUCCCAAGAUUCCCAACCGAAGCAAUCCUCCAAACGCCCUGCCCUAUUGCGGAAUCCAUCCUCCUCGUCGUAUGUUUCCCGAUCAUUGUCUGGAGGAGAACAGUCGUCUACUUCGCAUCGACAGUCCCAUUACAAACCACAACGUCAUGUUGUUGGCAAGCGCAACGCCUCCACCAAAAACCUCAAUGGCCUGAAGCCGGUCCCGCUCCACCUCGACGGCGGAGCCGACGCUUCAUCGAAGUCCGCGCGACUGGAAGUGCACCAUCGGUCGCUCUCCGGAAACCUUGUCCAGACCCCUCAAGAAAGUCCGCGUGCACAUCACCACGUAGAGAGACUUCAUAUUCACCGACCGGGCAUGAAACGAAACGCUUCAGCGCAUGCAGUUGGCAUGCGGAAGAACCAUUCCACCUCACACCUCCCGCGACAUGGUUCCUCGAAAAAUAUCGUGAAGGCUGCAGCGAAAGCAGGUCUCGCUCCAGUACAGAAGGCAAAGCACCAUAUCCCUCCGACCAAACAGCCUCACCCGACUGUACGAUUCGAUAUAGGCGAUGAACUGGAGCGAGAAGACGAUCAAGAAUGGACUGAAGAUAGUAAUUCGCAGUCGCCGGAAACAACGCGCGACCACACAAGAAGUAAUUCCGUGGUAUUAGAGCGCGAAGCUGGAGACACCAGGAGUGCUCAACGGGAAGCCCUAACCCCACAGCCUACGUACGACGGUACCUCUCACGAUGAAUGGCAUCUCAUCAACCAGACUGCCUCUACCCCGAAUCUCCCUACCCAAGCCGUGCCUUCGGCAAGCCGUGUCCCUUCCGCCCGUCCUGCUGACGCCGACAUCCUUACCUCACGACUCCUACAACGCUCAUCACAACACCACCACCCUGCCCCUCCCCAAAUAACCCCCAUCACAGCCAGCGACGUCCGCCACGAUCCACGCCCAGUCAUCGCCAGCACCCGACCCCAAGACACUCGAAUCCUCUCCCAGAGCCAGUCCAGCACCCUCGCAGGCACCCCGUCCGGUCCCGGCAGCGAACUCGUUUCCCGCUUUAUCAAUGGCGCCGGCGGUUCCUCCGGAGCCACGGACCAGCACAGCAGCUUCUUCCCGCCCCGGCCGACUCCCACAUCCGACGGAGCGUCUCGACGAAGCGUUGAUUCCGAUGUCUCAGACAGCGAUGAUGGCGCCGUCGCGACAGCCCCAGCACACCGGCGCACGGUCUCGGCAAAAGCCAGCACCGGCACCACCGGAGCAGCAGUCACGGCCCCGCCCGACACGAACAAUCCACUACACCAGUCGCGCACGCAGCAAAAACUAUGGUUGCAGCGCGCGAGCUCGAACCUCGAGCCGAUGAAGAACAUCCCUACGAUCAUCCCAAGGACGAUGACGGGGCCGCUUCUUCUGCCCCUAUCUGCGGCUAGUAGCGCCUACGGAUCCGGAUAUCCAGGGUCUGGGCCUGGGGGGAGUCCCGGGGGCGGGGGGCGGCGGCGGAUCGAUCCGCGGCUGCAGAGGCAGUUCGACCAGGUCGCGGGGGAGUAUGCAGGCGUUCGACGGUUCCGCGAUCCGAUUGCGGAAGGGCUAGCACGGGUGAUGGUGCGUGUUGGCGAGAAGCAGAAGCCGACGACGAACGGCGUCAAAGGCCCGGGACGGGGCGCCGAUGGCCGUGGGCAUACGCAGGGGAAUCGGAGCGUCGCGAGCGUGGCUUCGGGGUUCCUUGAUGACGAGCUCGGGGAGGAUGAGACGCACCAUGGGCGAAAAGAUCGGGAACGGCGGGAACAAGCGAGACGAUCACAGGGGGCGGAGCAGACGGCACGGCAUCCGCAGUCGAAGCAAGCCACUCCAGAGCAGCAAGACAGGAAGGUGCGGGACCCGGGAGGCUCGAGAAGAUCACGUGUCUCGUUCGAGCUACCGCCUGAUGGAGAAGGGGAAUCGACCACCCCGAGAGAGGAAAACGGGGAGCGGGACCGCGAAAGGGAACGCGAGAGGGAGAGGGAGGCGUAUGACGUGUGUCGGAGGCUGUGGGAGAUUCAGGUUGGGAGGGGAUAGAUCAUGACGGAUAUUGUGUUCAAGCGCCGUGUACGGAGUAAAGGGUACGUAUGUGUAAAUCGAUCCUUCGGAAGUUCAUAUGGAUUAUAGAUCCAAGUUGUGACAUUGGGAUAAAUGGUAAAGGCACCAAGAAAGCUGUCGGCUUUCUAAUCUGUCUACUGUAAUACGAUGCCUUCUGAAGGGACUAUUGGCGAGCAAAGUUCAUACCCCAGCUCAUUGAUGGCCUUGCCGUUGCUUGACCCUUUACGUCUGUUUUUGAAGGCCACAUACAACGUAUUUCACAAGGUAAAGGACCAAUUAUAGGAAAUAUCAAGUAUCUUCGAGCU